AUGCUGGGGACACUGGGGCUUUUGACACUGCAUCCUGCAGCAGCACAAGUAUCCCCAAACAGGAGGACCUGUGUGUUCUUUGAGGCUCCUGGAGUACGGGGAAGCACAAAGACACUGGGGGAAGUGGUAGAUGCAGGACCAGGUCCCCCCAAGGGUAUCCGCUGCCUCUACAGCCAUUGCUGCUUUGGGAUCUGGAAUCUGACCCAUGGCCGGGCCCAAGUGGAGAUGCAAGGAUGCCGAGACAGUGAUGAGCCAGGCUGUGAGUCCCUCCACUGUGACCCAGUUCCCAGAGCCCACCCGAGCCCCAGCUCCACACUCUUCACAUGUUCCUGUGGCACUGACUUCUGCAAUGCCAAUUACAGCCACCUGCCUCCUUCAGGAAGCCAAGGGGCCCCUGGACCCCAGGAGCCCCAGGUUACCCCAGGUGGGCCCGUCUGGAUGGCACUGCUGCUGCUGGGAAUGUUUCUCGUACUGUUGCUGAGUAGCAUCAUCUUGGCCCUGCUACAACGAAAGGCCUGCAGAGUGCAAGGUGGGUCAGACCCGGAGCCCGGCUCAGGCAGAGACUGCAGUGAAGAACUGCCGGAGCUGGAAGAGCUGCGCUUCUCCCAGGUAAUCCAGGAAGGAGGUCAUGCAGUCGUCUGGGCCGGGAGGCUUCAGGGCGAGAUGGUAGCCAUCAAGGCCUUCCCCCCGAGGGCCGUGGCCCAGUUCCGAGCUGAGAGGGCUGUGUACCAGCUGCUAGGCCUACAGCAUGACCAUAUCGUUCGCUUUAUCACUGCUGGCCAGGGAGGCCCUGGCCCUCUGCCUUCUGGGCCUUUGCUGGUACUAGAACUGUACCCUAAGGGUUCCUUAUGCCACUACUUGACUCAGUACACGAGCGACUGGGGAGGUUCCUUGAGGAUGGCUCUGUCCCUGGCAGAAGGCUUGGCAUUUCUCCAUGAGGAGCGUUGGCAGGAUGGGCAGUACAAACCAGGUAUCGCCCACCGAGACCUGAGCAGCCAGAAUGUGCUCAUUCGGGAAGAUAGGUCAUGCGCCAUCGGGGACCUGGGCCUUGCCUUGGCACUCCCUGGCCUUGCUCAGCCCCCUGCCUUGGCCCCUACCCAACCCCGAGGCCCCGCUGCCAUUUUGGAGGCUGGCACCCAGCGGUACAUGGCUCCAGAGCUCUUGGACAAGACUCUAGACCUUCAGGACUGGGGUACAGCUCUCCAGAGAGCGGAUGUUUACUCUCUGGCGCUACUACUGUGGGAGAUCCUGAGCCGCUGUUCCGAUUUGAGGCCUGACCACAGACCACCACCUUUCCAAUUGGCUUAUGAGGCAGAACUGGGUAGCAAUCCCAGUGCCUGUGAGCUCUGGGCCCUGGCGGUGGAGGAGAGGAAGCGCCCCAACAUCCCAUCCACUUGGAGCUGCUCUGCUACAGACCCUUGGGGGCUGAGGGAGCUCCUGGAAGAUUGCUGGGAUGCAGACCCAGAAGCACGGCUGACAGCCGAGUGUGUGCAGCAGCGCCUGGCAGCCCUGGCUUACCCUCAGGGGGCUUCCUCCUUUCCAGAGAGUCCACAGGGCUGUCCAGAGAACUGCCUUUCAGCUCCUGCCUCUGUCACUUUCCCCUGUCGGUCUCAGCAGAGUUCUUGUCUCCUCAGUGCUCAGUAA